UAGUAGUAGUCAGAGGCUGUGAGGGGAGGCUGGAGGGAGGCCGCAGACAGCUCAUCUCACUCCUCGGGUCAUUUUCUUCCCUAAUUUUCCCUCCACCAUGACGAUACCCAGCGCCUGAGGGCCACGGGUCACCACUUCGACUCCCGGGCACGCCAUAAGAGAGGACAGUGUAGGAUGCGGGUGGUGGGGCUGGUGUCGGGGGGGAAGGACAGCUGCUUCAACCUGCUUCAGUGUGUGGCUGCAGGACACCAGGUGGUGGCCCUGGCCAACCUUGCACCCAACCACACAGAUGAGUUGGACAGCUACAUGUACCAGAGUGUGGGUCACAUGGGGGUGGAGAUGUACGCGGAGGCUGUGGGUGUACCGCUCUUCCGCCGGGUGAUCCAAGGCUCCUCCCUCAACACCACCUCCAUCACCUACCACCCCACAGAAGGAGAUGAAGUGGAGGACCUUUACCUCCUACUCAAGGAAGUGCAGGAGAAGUGCCAGGUGGAGGCCGUGAGUGUGGGCGCCGUGCUGUCGGACUACCAGCGGGUCAGGGUGGAGAACGUCUGUAGUCGGCUGGGGCUGGUGUGCCUGGCGUACAUGUGGCGCCGUGAUCAGUCUGAGCUGCUGAAGGAGAUGGUGGCGUGUGGCCUGGACGCCAUCCUCAUCAAGGUGGCCGCCAUUGGUUUGCAGCCCCGGAAACACCUCGGCAAGUCCCUAACACAGAUGAUCUCCUACCUCGAGAAAAUGAAGGAGAAGUACCACCUCAAUGUGUGUGGCGAGGGCGGCGAGUACGAGACCUUCACCCUGGACUGCCCCCUCUUCAGGAAGCGCAUUGUUGUCCACAAGACGGAGAUGGUGGAGACGCCCGGGGACGUUGGCUACCUCAACCUCACGGAACUCGAGCUCGUCAGUAAAGAUAUUCCCGAGGGGUUGAGCCAGGCCGAGAUGGUGAAGGCUUGUGGCAUGCGCACGCCGGAGGACUUCUUGUCUGACCUCACACUGGCCGAGGAGGAGCAGCAGGCGGAGGACCAGGCCAAGGAACGGCACAUCGAGGACGAUUGUGAUAACGCAGCUCUCAGGUGUGAGGAGGAGGAGGACUGGGAGGGGGAGGGGGAGCACUGCCCCCUUGUCCACACCCCCACCGGCUUCACCUUCAUCUCAAACAUUUCCGCUGCUACCACUGAGGACGCUAUAUUGAGGCUAAAAGAGCUUCUGGAGGGGGAGGACAUGGCUCUGAGGCACGUGGUGAGCGUCAAGAUGUACGUACAGGACAUGGGUGACUAUGUCCAGCUCAAUAACCAGUAUAUCAGGCACUUCUCCCUCAACCCUCCUGUUAGAGUCUGUGUAGAGGUGCCACUGCCAAGUCAAGUGAGGGUGCAGCUGGAGGUGUGUGCGUGGAAGCAUGGCCACGUCACCACCGAGGAGGAGGAGGGGGACCAGCUGCACCCCGCCUCCCGCAACACCAUGCAUGUCCAGGGCAUCUCCCACUGGGCGCCGGCCAACAUUGGGCCCUACAGCCAGGCCGUCAAGGUCGGGGGCGUGGUGGUGGUGGCGGGCAUGAUUGGGCUGGUGCCGGGGACACUGCAGGUGGUGGCGGGCGGCGUGGAGAUGCAGGCCAGGCUCGCGCUGCGCCAUGUGUCGCGGGUCAUCACUGCCGUCGUGCACACCUCGGACAUCAGGGCGGUGGUACAGGGUGUGUGCUUUGUGACGCGGCUCUCUGACAUUGGUGUGGCGCGGCGCAUGAUGGCUCGCCUCAGUGAGUCUCAGAUCUCGACCUACGUGGUGGUGCCGGCGCUGCCCCGAGGAGUCCUGGUGGAGUGGCAGACCUGGGCUUGUGUGGAGAAUAAUAAGUUUGAGUAUGAGGAGAAGGGCUACACGAGGGGCAACGUGAGUGUGCGGCUGCGGCGGCGGUGGUACCAUGACAACUCUGUGUGUGCCGUCAACACUGUGGCAAGCUGCUUCUCGUGUGAGGAUCUGACGCUGGAGAUCCUGGAGGAGGCCAUCCAAUACACGCUGACCAAGGCUGACACCGAGACGCCCCUCAACCUCACCUUCUACUACCGCACCGGCCGGCUCUCGCGCACCCUCCUCCAGCAGGCCAUCUCCACCGCUGUCCCGCCCCAGCUGACCUCGGUGUCCCUGGUCCCGGUGCUUGCCGUGGAGGAUGCGCACACACUCUUCGCCCUCGCCGCCACUCGCCACUGAUUCCCGGGUUCCCUAGGCUCUCCCGUCGCCCCUUCCCAUCCCUGUCCUGCGCUUAUUUUUCUGUCUGUCUUUACUUUGUUUCUCUGGUGAUUUUUUGCAUUUUUUUCUUUUUGUACUUCUCAUUUUUCCUUUAUUUCUUUUCACUCCCUUUCCUUCCUCCCCAUCUCAUUUUUCCUUUAUUCCCUUUCACUCCCUUUCCUUCCUCCCCAUCUCAUCAUCUUGUGCCUCUUUUCCUGUCUUUCUCUUUUUCAUAUUGUUUGUUUUCUGUUUCUCCUCCUCCUCCUGCAUCUUCAUUUUCCUUCCCAUGCUUUACUCCUUGUUCUUCCUCUUAUUUUUCAUUCUCCUGUUUCUUUAGUCCCAUCUUUCCAUCCCUCAUUUUGCCCCUUGCUCUCCUUUAUUCUCUCAUUUCUCCAUGCAGUUUUUCAUCCUCUUCCAUCCUGUCUCAUAUAUGCUUCUCAUCUUGGUAGUCUUUCUUCAGUUUUGCUCCACGUUUUCCUCAAUUUUCCUUCAGUUCUCUCAUUCCUUGCAUUUUACAGCUUGCGCAAAAUACCCUCCCUCCUCUUCCAUCCUCUC